AUGUAUCUAUUGAGCAGCCGGGGGGGGCUAUUUGCGCAACAUAUACGUCGUAAUGUUCUACGUGUUUUCAGUGAUGCAUCAAAUUCUGUUAUAAGUCAACAAUUAGGAGAUUUAUGGCGUACUGUUCCAAGAAGUUGCCGUAAUCAAUACGAUGAUGAAGCGAAUAGAUUAGUGAAAAUUCAUCAAAUUGAAUUUCCCAAUUAUAAAUAUCAACCUAAAAAACGACAAAUCACAUCAUCGUCAUCAUCCUCCUCAUCAUCGUCAACAACAACAACAACAACAACAACCGCCACCACAACCACUGCGAAUACAUCAAGGAGUAAUAAUGAUCAAAUGCGUAUGGUUAAUCCAAAUCAAUUCCACAACACCACACACACUCUUACUCAAUCAUCUAUAUCAAUGAAUAAUAUACGAGAGGAUCAAUUGAUAACAUCAAGCAAAUUAUUAUCAACCAAUUUACUUAAAACGAGUACAGACUACAAUGUUGUUUAUUCUUCUUCGUCUUCAUCGGCAUCGGCGUCUUCUUCUUCUUCUUCCUCUUCUUCAACUGUAACAAAUAAACUACCAACUUUGUCUAAUCGUAAUUAUUCCAUACCCGGUAUAUCAUCUAUGAAUAGUUCUAUUGUUAAGGGUCAAACUACCAAUGGUAAUAAUGAAUUCAUGAAUAAUUUUAUGACAAGUCCAUCCAAAUUAGUAUGUAAUACAAUUUAUGCUAAGCUAGAACCGAAACCAUUAAGUGUGAACAUUAUCAAUACUACUAAUAAUAGUAGUAUACCUAUGAAUAACAAUAAUAAUACUACUACUACUAACAAUAGUCAAACAUUAUCAUUCAAACCAACUAUACAUAGUUUAUCAUCAGUGUUACCACCUCUUAUAACUUUGUCAUCAAAUCAUGCACAUCAUACACAUCAUCAUCAUCAAACAAAUGGAUUAAUGAAUGAACAAUUUUCACUUGGUAUAUGUGAUUCAGCCUAUGCAUCUGGAAUUAAUAGUUCAUCAUCAUCAUCAGCAUCAUCUCCAGCUGUAGGUGAAUUAAUUUCACCAGUAAAAUCAUAUUCAUCAACUUUUUCAUCACUCUCAUCAUCAUCAUCAUCAUCAAUAUCAUCAUUAUCCAAUAUGAAUAUAAAACAAACGAAACAUUCACCAAUACGACGUAAAAUUCAUUUUAUACCAAUUAGACCACAAUCACAACAAUUACCACCUGUAGUUAAUCAACCAACACGUCAACGUUUUCUUUCUGCAAAUAAUGGUAUUACCACUACUAAUAAUACUACUAAUAUUACUAAUAAUAGUAAUAUAUCAACUAUUGGAAAUGGUUAUAUUCAAAUGAAUGGUUUUCAAUUGAAAUCAAACUCUGAAAAUGUUAUUAUACUUCCAAGAAAACUAAAUGAUUUACAUGUUGAACAAAAAGAUGAUCAAUUAACUGAACAAUACAUGAAUGAUACUGUUAUACUUCAAGAUGAUAAUAAUAGAAUGAUAACAACUGAUAUUUUAACACCAGUUUAUAUUCAAUUAGAUCAUGAAGGACAAAAUCCACCAACAGAAAGUUUAAUGUUAACUUUACCACCUGGUACAACAUUCAUUCAAGCUAAUCAUGAUUCUAUGAAUCGUAGUAUUCCAUUAAAUAAUAAUAAUACAAUAUCAAAACGAUUUUAUAUUACGAAUGGUAAUCGUAUGAUACCAGCUAUAUCAAAAUCGGUACAAAUUUUACAACCAUUAAAAGUAAUGAAUGUUAUACAUCAUCAUCAUCAUGUUCAUCCAAAUCAUUCAUCAUCAUCUUCAACAACGACAACAACAACAACAACAACAGCAACAGCAACAACAACACCAUUAUCAUCAUUAUUAUCAUAUCCAGAACCUAUACUUUAUAGUCCAUUAAUGAGUAGUUCAGAAUUAUUAUCUUCAUCAUCAUAUAGUUGUAAUUCAUCACCGAAUUCAAUUGUAUCACCAUUAUCUGGUGAUGUAUUUCUACCAAUGCAACAAGUUGAAAUGAUGUCAAAUUCUACACAUUUCAAUACAUAUGAUCAACAAUCAUCAUGUAUGGAUAUAUAUCAAUUUGAUGGACAAAAUCAAUUAGAUAUGUGUAUAGAAGAGGAAGAAGAAGAAGAAGAAGAAGAACAAAGGGUACACGAAGAAGUAGAAGAAGGAGAACAAAUCCUUAUUGAUGAAAGAAGAAUAACACAACUUCAUUCAAAGAAUUUAGACACAAUCACUAAUAUUAUUAGUAUAGAUGAAUGUAUGGAUGCUGUAAAUAAUGAUACAUUUAUAAGUAAUACAAAUUCUUCAGGUAUUCUACAUAAUUGGUCAUCAAAUUUACCAUUCAGUGAAUCAAUGUUAAUUUCAUUAUUAUCAUCAACUGGAUCAUCAUCGUCAUCAUCGUCGUCGUCGUUACCAUUAACAACAACAAAAACAAUGAUCAUUGUGAAUAAUAAUGAUUAUGAUCAUAAUGAGCAUGAUGAGUGUAUAGGUGUCUCAAAUCGACAUCUACCAUUAACUAUUGAUGUUAUGAAAUCAACAAAUGAAAAUUUCAUCACAUUAUCAUCUACAUCUUCAUCAACGAUCACUACCUUGAAUCCUCCGCCUAAUCAUCAUCAUUAUCCACAUCAUCUUCAUCAUAAUAGCAAUAUAUCUAUUGAUAAUGAUUUAAAUGAUACUGAUUUCUCUAUUACAAAUGAUAAUGAUAAUUUUGAUUCAAGUUUUGAUGCAAUGAUGAAUUCAAUUGAUAUUACAACUUUUCUACCUGGUACAUUUCAAACAAAUGAAGAACAAGAUCAAUCAAUACAUAAUGAUUAUGAUCAUGUACAAUUGCAUUCAUAUCAUCAUGAUCAACAUGAAUUCAUGAAAAUGGAUGAAUUUAAUGAAUCAUGUCAUAUAAUCAAUGAUGUCAUGGCAACAACAACAACAACAACAACAGUAGCAACAAUAACAUCAUCAUCAGUAGCAGCAGUAGCAACAGCGGCAUCAUCAUUAUCGUUUAUGAAUAAACCGACUAAUUCACAAUUAUACAAUGUUAUUAGAUCUGAUAUUGAUUUGAUUCAUCAUAAUCAUUUAGAGAAUGAAAAUCGUACAGUAUGUAUUAUUUCACCAUUACAAAAAAUUGGUAAACAAUCAUCACUUACAUAUUCACGUCCAAUAUCAUCAUCAUUAUCAUCAUCAUUACAAGGAACACAAUGUUCCACCUCUCUGUCAUCAUCUUCAUCAUCCUCCUCCUCAUCAUCAUCGUCGUCAACUUCAUCGGUAUUAAGAAUGAAUUCAUUACAUGAAUUAUUAAAUAAUUCACCACAAGUAUGUUCAUCUACAUUGGCAGAUUUGGAUUCAUUAGAUAAAUCUAGUUUAUUUAUUAUUAAACCAGAAUGGUCUGUAUUAGCUUAA